GGCUGAUGAUCUCGGGCUUUGCCCAGGCUGGGGCAGCCCUGGCCAGGCAGGAGUACGUGAGCCGGGCCGCAAAGGCAGCCGCCUUCCUGCAGAGACACCUUUUCGACCCCAGCAGUGGGAGGCUGCUGCGGAGCUGCUACCGCGGCAAGGACAACGCGGUGGAGCAGAGUGCCGUGCCCAUCCAGGGCUUCCUGGAGGAUUAUGUCUUCGUCAUCCAGGCUCUCUUUGACCUGUAUGAAGCCUCACUGGAUCAGGGCUGGCUGGAGUGGGCCCUGCAGCUCCAGCACAUGCAAGACAAGCUCUUCUGGGACCCCAAAGGCUUCGCAUAUUUCUCCAGCGAGGCUGGCGAUCCCUCCCUGCUCCUACGUCUGAAGGAUGACCAAGAUGGAGCGGAGCCCACUGCCAACUCUGUCACUGUCACAAACCUGCUCCGAGCAGCUUGUUACUCUGGCCAUACAGACUGGGUGGAAAAAGCCAGGCAGAUCUUGGCUGCUUACUCAGAGAGGCUGCAGAAGAUCCCAAUAAUCCUGCCAGAGAUGGCCCGGGCCACCGCUGUCUUCCAUCACACUGUCAAACAGGUUGUUAUCUGUGGGGACCCACAAGGAGAAGACACCAAAGAGAUGCUGCGCUGCGUCCACUCCGUCUUCAGCCCAACCAAGGUGCUGAUGCUGGCAGAUGGAGACAGCGCUGGGUUCCUCUACCGCCAGUUGCCUUUCCUUGCGUCCCUGGAGAGGAAGGAUGGGAAAGCCACCGCCUAUGUCUGCAGCAACUUCUCCUGCUCCCUGCCCGUCACCUCGCUCCAGGAGCUGCGUGGGAUGCUCUGCCCAUGA